AGUGCGGUCGGAGCGGCGGGGGGCGGUUUUGCCCUUCACAGCGGUUCCGCGACAUGGAGGGAGUAAGGUGAUACCUUGGACGGGAGAGAGAGGUAGUAGUUUGGGCGAAAUAAGAAGGGGGUCGUGAGAAAACGAGCGUGUGGCGAUUAAAGCGAUGGCGAGCGCCAAGCCGAAGCAGCGGGGAAGCAGCAGGAGAGCUUUUCCCGACGGACCGGAGGAGGUCGGGGCUGGAGCCGGGAGCCGAGGGUGGGAAUACCGACCAGCCCGGCGCCCAGGAUCCCAGAAAAAGACGAUUCCAUCCCCUCAUCCCUCUCUCGAUGACUCGCUGGAGGGUGAUCUCCAAAACUUCCUGAUCGACGAAAGUCAGCUGCACACCUACGAUGACCUAACCAAAGUCAACCCUGUGACCACCACUACAGUUUUGAAAUGCCUGCAGGCCAGGUAUUGCGCUAGGGUGUUCUACACACAUGCAGGCUGUACCCUGGUGGCACUGAACCCCUUCCAGCCCAUCCCUCAGCUCUACUCCCCGGAUGUGAUGAAGGAAUAUCACUCAGCAGCUCGGCCACAGGAGUUCAAACCUCACAUCUUCAUCGUUGCUGAGCAGGCGUACAGGAACGUGCAAGGGCAGGUGGAGCCUGUGAACCAGUCCCUCGUAGUCAGUGGAGAGAGCGGCGCGGGGAAGACCUGGACCUCUCGCUGCCUCAUGAAGUACUACGCCACUGUCGCUGCUUCCCGGUCUUCCCAGAAAGCUCAGGACACGGUGGAAAGAAUAGAGAGGAGAGUGCUGGACUCCAACCCCAUAAUGGAGGCCUUUGGGAACGCGUGCACCUUGAGGAACCACAACAGCAGUCGGUUUGGGAAAUACAUUCAGCUCCAGCUCAACAGGUCGCAGCAGUUAGUGGGGGCAUCUGUACAGACAUACCUGCUGGAAAAGACCAGAGUGGCCUGCCAAGCUCCGGGCGAGCGCAAUUUCCACAUAUUUUACCAGAUGAUGAAGGGGGCCACACAGGAGGAGAGGCAGGAAUGGAAGAUGCCUGCUGCUGGGCAGUUCCUCUGGCUGCCAAACGCCGACAGAACCCUCGAAGAAGACUGCUUUGAGGAAACCAGAGCUGCCAUGUUGCACUUGGGCGUUCACAAAGAGGUUCAGGGACAGAUAUUCCAGGUUUUAGCUGCCCUGCUGCAGCUGGGGAAUGUGCAGUUCAGUUGUCCGCCCGAUGAGUCUCAGCCAUGCGAACUUCAAGAACAAUCCAAAGAUUUCCUUCAGAACGCUGCCUGCCUGCUGAGGGUGCCAGCAGAGGAGCUGCUGAGCUGUCUGAGAGUAAGAACCAUCCGAGCUGGGAGACAGCAGCACACUGUGAUGAAGCCCUGCUCGCAGACGGAGUGCAGCAUGAGAAGAGAUUGCUUGGCCAAAGUCAUCUAUGCCCACAUUUUUGACUGGAUAGUCGCAUUCAUAAACCAAAGCAUUUGUGCAGAUUCAUCCAGCUGGUGUAAUUUCAUAGGUCUGCUGGACGUCUAUGGCUUUGAGUGUUUCCACCAAAAUAACCUGGAGCAGCUGUGCAUCAACUAUGCCAACGAGAAGCUGCAGCAGCACUUUGUGGCCCAUUAUCUGAAAGCCCAGCAGGAGGAGUACGCGGCCGAGGGGCUGGAGUGGUCCUUCAUCAGCUAUCAGGACAACCAGAGCGGUCUGGACCUCAUCGAGGGGCCCCCCCCCAGUGUCUUCUCCCUGCUGAACGAGGAGUGUCGCCUCAACCGGCCCUCUGAUGCCAAGCAGUUCGAGACCCGGCUGGAGAAGGCUCUGUCCGGCAAGGCCUGUGUGAGCUGGGACAAGCUCAGCGACACGCCCCACUUCACCGUGUCCCACUACGCAGGGCAGGUCAGCUACCAGAUCGAGGGCAUGGUGGAGAAAAACAAGGACCUCGUGCCCCCUGAGCUUGUCCUUGUGCUCCGGAGGUCCCAGGACGCGCUCCUCCACAGUCUGUUCUCUGAGAAUAAUCAGGAGCAGAGUGACAGCAAGGGGCACAGCAAAGUCAUCACUGUCGUCUCCAAGUUCAAGGGCUCGCUGGAGAGCCUGAUGCGUGUCUUACACAGCACCACUCCUCACUACACCCGCUGUAUCAAGCCCAACACCGACUGCAGGCCACUCACCUUCAAGAAGGAGGAGGUCAUUACCCAGCUGGAGGCCUGCGGUAUUGUGGAGACCAUCAAUAUCAGUGCUGCAGGGUUUCCAGUCAGGAUUCCUUACCCAAGCUUCGUGAAGCGUUAUGGACUGAUCACCCUCUCUAAAAUCAGUUCUGUUUCAAAUGGAAGUGGGUCAGAAGAUGAGAGGGACACGCUGGGCUCUGCAGUCCGUCACGUCCUCCGGUUCGUCACGCCUGGGCAGCCUCUUGAUCCCUUCGACCCCUCAGAGGGCAGGCUGCGCUCUACACAGGUGCACUGUGGGAAGACCAAAGUAUUCCUCACUCAUGCCAUGCUGGAGCGCCUGGAGAUCGAGCGAGGCCGAGCUCUUGCCUGCAGAGCUUACUCCAUCCAGCGCUGCUGGCGGCGGUACUGCCACAGAAAACGGGAAAGACAGAGGCGGGCGGCAACACUGAUCCAAGCAGGUGUCCGAUCCUGGUUAACAAGGAGAGAGAUCUUGAAAUGGCAGACUGCAGCAACAGUGAUCCAAAGAGCUUGGAGAACUUGGAGAGCUGUGAUGGAGGCACUGGCGGACGCAGAGUUGGACGACGCAGUGGACAUUGAGGAGGUGACCAUAUCCUUGCCAGGCUCCCCCAUCCCGGUCACCAGACCUGCCCAGUUUCCCCAGGGACAGCCGGUGGUGGUCCAGAACUGGCCCAUUGGACUGGCCCUGGCCUCGUUCGCUGCCACCAGCGUAGCUGUGACCUCCAGCGGGUUCCAGAAGCUGGUGUCUCUGAUGGCCUGUCUACAGCUGUCCUUCAGGAGGAUAGACUACAAAGUGGAGACCAACCAGUUCGACCAGGGGGUAGCAUCCAUCAGAGCCCAUCCACGGCAAUCAGUCAAAUUUCACCUCCAGCGAUCUCCUCUGCUGUACGCCGACAUUUGUCCAGAACAGAAGGCUGAUGGAAUCAGUGGAUUUAACCAGAUUUUACUGGAGAAAACUUAACUCAUUUCUUCUUUUAGCCAAAAACCACAAGUGGCCUUUAACCGAUCUUCAAUUACUGCACUUUGAGUUUUGAGGCAUCUUUAUCUAGAAGGGAGAGCCUUUACCUUUGCUGCCUUUGAAAUGUAUAACACUAUUUAAAAAUCAGUAUUUAUUCUUCUGAUCUCAGGCCAAGUUAAACCGUUGAGACACUAAGUGCCUUCACCUGUUGGGGGGGGCCUUUAUAAUUGUACUGGAAGAUUUGUAUUGAUAUUUUAUGCCAUUUAAGUUGCCUCUUUAGUUUGUUCAAUUUAAUAUUCAUGAAAUCGAAUAAUAUGGGAGAGGAGAGGUUCUACAGCACAGUUUAUAUGGCAAUACUGUAUGUGUAUAAUGCUUUUCAAACAAAAUUAUCUAAUUACAGAUAAUACUUUCAGGUGCUGUUGUCCACGAUUAUGACUUAUGGAUGGGACAGUAGUUAACAUAACAUAACACAUACACUGUUUGAAUUUCAGAGCAGUACACUUGUUUUGUCUUCAGUUAUCUACACUACAUCAUUUCCAUUUGAUUCAAUUACCUGAACCCUAUUAUCCUUAAUCGAGAUACUGAACUGCCUUUUAGCAAAAGCUCCAACAGCUAAUCAAACCUUGGAAUAAAAUGCGAAUAUAAUGUAG